AUGUUCAGCGGGAUACCUGAACGUCCAGAAGCUGUACAAACACUUCUGAACGCGGCAGCUUCUUCGAGCUCGACUCUGUACGACGGGCAAGAAAAGCAUCGUUCUGCCGAUGUGGAAAGGGGCGGGGGGAGAACACGAGACGAGGGAGGCUCCAGCGUAGCUACAGGAGGUGGACGGUUUUCGUAUUACGCAGGCGACGUGGUGCUCAAGCGAACUGUCUCUCCGGACGGCAAGAGCUCUUCAGAGUGGCGUCCGGCCAGACACGAAGGAAAGGGAGGUGGAAAGAGACAGUUCGUGCGAGGCGGAAGCAACAGUCUCCAUGUCGGCCCUCCGACGAGCACUGACUCCAACACUUUCUUCACCCCAUCGCUGUAUCGCCGCAUGUGUCUGAAAGUCUUCGUCCACGACGGGUCGGCUCGGCUGUUCGCGGUGCUUCUGCUCCAGAACCUCGAAUGGCCAACGUUCACAAAGUACCGCCUGGGCACUGCCAUGUUUCUCAACAACCUCAGGAGGAAGGCUGCGAGUUUCGACGAGCACCGAGACUCGCAGUAUGCGUUCCUGGACUGUUGUCCUCUCCACAAAAUCGCAGCGAAAGGGGUGAGCCUGAGUUACCUUCGCGCUCGCGUGCAUCGCCACUCGGACCUACGGCGGAUCAAGCGCGAACUGCAGACCUCAAGCCGGGAGUUCAGCUACAGCGUGCGUCACUUGCCUGCUGUGAGGAAACAAGUCAGCUCGCGCACGGGUCUGUUCCAGGCGCUUCUCGUUACCUGGGACCUCUUCGCAACGUCCAUUUUGAAGUUCAAGCUGUUCAAAGUCGGGGGCCCUGAGGCGCUGAUGACUCACGGCCAAAAGUCGCGCUACUUCAUGGAUCUCGCCGAGCACCUCCUCGAUCUCUGGUUCAGCGAACGGGCGUUCUUUGCUCCGCUGAUGUGGGCGUACGGAAGCUUCGCCCCCGUCGUCAACGAUGCGCCUUUCCGGCGGCCCCAGCAGAGCACGAGCAUUCUCCUGAUGGACGGCAUGAAAGACUAUCUCUUCGGGGAGCGGCCCCACCACCAGAUGGGGGCCGGACUGUUGUACACGAGCCGUCAGCUGGACGCGCUUCGCUGGUUGGAAGGCCGCGUGAAGGAGGCAGUUUACCAGAAGCUUCAGAAGGCGUUGCGGCGCUUCCAGGGUUUCCCGGUGGUGUCUUCCUCGUCCGCGCCGUUUUACCGCGGCCACCGUUCGCACGCGGCGGGCGACGUUCCGUUUCUCGAUCAUUUUCCCGCGCUCUUCAGGGACAAGCGUCUCCCGACGGUCCAAGUAACUGGCUAUUUUUUGCGGGGAGAGCGAGGAGACGAAGUCAAGGCAGGCGUCUUCGGAGACAAGAUCGCCGACGACCGCGUCGAAGAGCUGAUGGCUGGCCUCCCGGCCCACAGUGCGCUUCUCCAGCUGACCAUGGUGGACGCGUGGGCGUGGAACAGAUGCACUGACGAAGGCGGCGCGAACGGAGAGUGUCCAGAGGCACGCGCAGGCGGCCGCGCGGCGCCGAGCUGGUCCCCCUAUGGAGUUCGCUUGCAAGACGACUCAGCGCCUCUAGGCCGUUACCUGCCGGUCAGCACCGCUUCGCAGCUCUUGAACAUCGAGCUGAGGUGGGAUCCGUCGCUUCUCAAUGCAGCAGGGAGGACGGUCGUUCUCCUUAAUGAUAUCGUCGGCCUCGACAGCGCAGGCGUACAGGGCCCAGAAGCCGAUCCAGCGAUGGACCUGGAUGUCCACGCCGUUCUUCUUCUGCCUGUUCGAGACUUUAGCAGCGCCGAAGACGUCCGACGCGAUGUCGUGCGCCUCGUCUCCUCUCGCACGCCCUCUCGUCUGUACGCGAAAUCCGCUCAACAGAGCGGCCUGCUGGACCCGUCGCGCGUGAAGAUCCUAGGCACAGCUCGGUGGGUCGGCAGCAAUCAACCGCGGCUUUUGUUGGGCGAGUUCGGGCGCGGGAUCUCAUCGCGGGGCGUCCAGGGCUCUCUAGAUCUUCUCGAAAGGGGCUCCAUUCUCGUCCACAUUUCAAUCGCCGGCAUCGCCAGGAAGUUCCGCGUUCCCGAAGACAAAUCCAGUGGCCAGACGGCGGACGACGGAGUGGGCAGCGGCGCGGGGACUGCGCAGGACGGACAAAACGCGGCACGAGCGAGAACCGCCUUUCUCGGUGGAGCUGAGGAAGCAGGCCUCGGAGCGGCAGCUCAGGCAGGCUGGGGAAUGACCGCGAAAGAGGCUUACCGCAGGCUUGUUCGCCGCACGCAAGGCGGACCCGCUCGUGUGGUGUACGUACAGACAUCUGUCGAGGAGUUCCCAAAGGCCAAGGCAGACAAGAAGAAACAGCGACGAGGGGGCCGCAUCCCCUGGAUGGCUGUGGCCAUCUCGAACAUGUGCGUUUUUUUCUUUUUUCUGAUCAUCUUCGUUUAUCUCCAUUGGCGUAGGCACGUCGAUUUGCCGUGGUGGCUGAAGUGUGUGUGCACGAGUGCGGCCCCGUGGAUGGAGGACGACGACGCUUCUGAGGCGGCCGACAGCGACAACCAGCGGGAGUCCUGCGACAGCAGCUGCGAAGGUUCCGAGUCUGUGGAUGAGCGUUCAUACUCGUCAACAGCAGAUCCUGACGGGUUCUCGAGUGCGAGGGAGCGGUCCUCUUCGCUCACUUCGUGGAGCCUAGGAGGCUGCCCAUCCAGGGCGAGCCGAUACCCCACCGCAGCCUCCGUGCCACGUGAGGGGGGGUCUCCUUUCGAUUCGUAUUUUCAGUCGCCUCUUUCGCUUGUUCCGCUCGUGACGGAGCUGCCUUCAGUGAUGGGCAGGGAGUUCUCGGGGAGUGCAGCGGUCCCUCUCGGCUGCGGGUGGCCCGGAGGUGCAGUCCAGUCCCCUCUCUACGUGCUCUACAGGGCCCAACUCCCCCACCUUGAAUGGGCGAGGCGGGAGCGCGAGAGCGCACACGCUUCGUUUCCCAGACGGGGGAGUCUUGGCUUGUCACUCCCGAGAGGGGGCUCUGGCGGUGCUCUGCCCGUAUCGAGAGCCCAAGAGAGCGCACAGACAGGGAUCAGCAGGAGCGCAACCGAUGGGGACACUGUGGGGAACCGCGCAGAGACGUUUGCAGGAAGUGCGGACAGACAAGAGGCGCUCGAGACAGGCUCUCCAGGACCGCGGGAUGCGUGCCCGGGGACCGAUGGGGAAAAGGACGGAGCCGAGGCGGGAUGCGAUUAUGAACUCGUCGUCAGAUUCGUGGAUUCCCGCGAACGCAGGAGCUCGUGGGUGUAA